GGAAGGAUAUGUGAUGGAGUUGACUUGAAUCGAAACUUCAACUAUCAAUGGUCCCAACCUGGUGCGAGCAGUAGUGAAUGUUCUAAUUAUUUUGCUGGUAUUGCAAGGUAACACAGAGAAGUUAAAAAAAACCUAUGCAACUUUUACUUAGGUUACGGGUUCAGGAGACGCCGAACAAAAGCGGAGAAAUAAAAUUUGAUCAAUAUCUCGCUUAUCGAGACAUUCAACACUAUCUCAACGUACUUAAGACAAAGUACAACGAAAUUGUGGAAGUGAAAAAUUUUGGUAUGUCAGUCGAAAACAGACAUCUUACAUACAUUCAAAUUGGAAAUAAAACACGCCGGAACGGUCCCUUAAUAUUUAUAGAUGCUGGAAUCCAUGCAAGGGAAUGGAUUAGUCCUGCUCAGGCUUUGUACACCAUCAGUCAAUUGGUGGAAAAUCGAAAUAAUGCCGCAAUGAUAAAGGACGUGGAUUGGGUAAUUGUUCCUUUAGUAAACCCCGACGGAUAUGAAUAUUCGCGUAGGGUGGAUAGGUUUUGGAGGAAAAACCGCGCUAAGGGUCGAAUAUGUUACGGCGUGGAUUUAAAUCGUAACUUCGACUUUCAUUGGUUAGGUCAUGGAGGGAGUGAUAGUGAAUGUUCUAAUUUUUUCGCCGGAAUGCGUCCUUUUUCGGAGCCGGAAAGUUUUGCGUUGAGCAGACUAAUAAGGGAAAAUUCGAAACGUAUUAAGAUAUAUAUUAGUUUUCACGCAGCAGCACAAUCGAUUUUAUACCCGUGGGGUUAUACAAAGGAUCUACCUGAAAAUGGUAAAGAGCUGCACAAAUUGGCCACUAAAGUGUCGGAUGCGGUCCAUAAAGUAAACUUUACACAAUAUAAAAUUGGUAGCGCUGCAAACCUUCUAUACAUCGGUUCUGGUUCCAGUUUCGAUUGGACCUACGCUGUUGCGAAUGUAAAACUGUGCUACACAAUCGAGUUAAAAGGAGUAUCCGGGGGUAGAUUCAAACAUCGAUUUGAAAUAGCGGCCGAAGAUAUUUUGGAAGUUGUCUCAGAAAUGUUUGAAGGACUUAAAGAGUUACACCUUUAUGUGGAACGUAAGUUUAGUUAAAAGCGAAUAUGAAUUGUGCUAUGGGUUAUAUU